GAUUUGUGAAAAAAGCUAGGAUCCAUAAUAAAACUAAUUUAAGUUAAAAAGGGAUAAUAUGGUCAAGGAAACAAAGUACUACGAUGCCCUUGGAGUGUCCCCUACGGCAACCGAGGAUGAAAUCAAGCGUGCUUACCGUAAGCUUGCGUUGAAGUUCCACCCAGACAAGAAUAAGGAUCCUAGUGCGCCAGAAAAAUUUAAAGAAGUGUCUGUAGCCUAUGAAUGUUUGUCAGACUCGGAAAAGAGGAAAAUGUAUGACCAGUUUGGUGAUAAAAGUGAGGGGAUGGAAAGUGGCAUUGAUCCUAGCGAUAUCUUCGCUAGUUUCUUUGGUGGUGGUACCCGAUCACGUGGUGAGCCGAAACCAAAGGAUAUUAUCCACGAAUUGCCUGUGUCUCUGGAUGCCUUUUAUACCGGUAAAACCGUUAAGCUUGCUAUUACACGAGACCGUCUGUGCACGAAGUGUUCAGGCACUGGCUCUAAAAUUCCUAAUGCGAAUAUUAAAUGCCGAGAUUGUAACGGGCGUGGUGUCCGUAUGAUAACUCGGCAACUCGGACCUGGUUUCAUCCAACAGAUGCAGGUAGCCUGCCCGGCGUGUCAAGGUAAAGGAACCAGUUUGAAGGAGGAAGAAAAAUGUGAGAUGUGCAGGGGUCAGCAAACCAUCAAGGAUAAAAAAAUAUUUGAAGUUGUUGUACAACGCGGUAUGCAUCGCGGAGAUAGCGUCACAUUCCGUGGUGAGGGUGACCAAAUUCCAGAUGUACGACUUGCUGGAGACAUUAUAAUUAUUUUUGAGCAGAAACCCCACGCCUCAUUCGUUCGGAAGGGCAAUCACCUUUUCAUUGAGCGCUCCAUCUCGCUUUCUGAGGCACUUACUGGCUUUUCAUUUAACAUUACCCACUUGGAUAAUCGUAAAUUAACGGUUCAAUCCCCAGAAAGUGCGGUGGUAGAUCCUGCGAACUUGUACAGUAUUUACCGUGAAGGCAUGCCAGUACCUAACACUGGUGGUGUUGAGAAAGGUGACCUUGUAAUCAAGUUCAACGUUGUCUUCCCUAAGACAAUGGAUCCGGGUUUAAUUCAAAAUCUCCGUGUUGCUCUCGGAUACCCGAAUCAGUCAAAGACGGAUGAGGACUCAGAAGUAUGUAUAUUGCAAGAAACAAAGAUUGAUCUUGAAAAGGAAAGCCGCCGUAACGCUUACGAUGAUGAUAGUGAUGAUAACAGGCCUCGUGGACACACUGCUACGUGCGCGCAACAGUAGGGCGUAUGAACGUAUCAAAGACGGAGUUUAUAACGUAACAUAAUUUGAGGAAAUGUGCGUUUUACAUGAAUAGGAAACACUUUUAGUGACCUAAGUAUUUUACAGAUUAGAUAAAUGCGCAUUACUUUAAAAUACUCAUAACUCUAGACUCCAAGGAUUGUCUGCGUGUUAUUAUUAUUAUUAUUAUUAAUAUUAUUAUUAUUAUUAUUAUUACUAUUAAGCUUGUAAAUACAAUAUAUUUAAUCACGUAAUUGUUGUUACCAAUAUAUUAGGUGUUCCUAGUAAUAGCAAGGAAAAAGGUACAGUGUAGGGAGCCUGAAGGAAGUGAGAAAAGUGUUUGCAUACUUCAUUCUUUCGUCAUAUUGUUAGACGUAUAUCUAAACUCUGUCAUGCACGAAAGGAUGUAUAAAAUAAGUAUUGGUGUUUUAAGUUAAUAAAAUAUAAGUAACUAACUACCCAAGCAGCACUGCUUUAUGGUAAUAUGUUGAUAAAACUUUUUCUA